UUCUGUGAGGAUGUUUUGUUCCUUCUCUUCCAUUUAUUUAUUUAUCCAAUUACUUGUCUAUAUCAGUAUGAGCUCAACAGGUAUUUGAUUCCUGUUUAUUUCAUUCUCUAGGUAAGAGGGGGAAACAGCCUCUCUGAACCAGAUAGAGGGAGGUGGUGAAGGAGAGUAGGUCAUGGUGGAGGGAGCAUAGUUCCUGAGAAGACCGGUGAGAAUGAGGUCCAGAAGGGGGGGAGGUUGGCAAAAACAAGGAACACCCUGUACUCAAAAACAGGGACAAAAAAGGCUUGGGAGGGUUGAUUUUUGUCUCCAGGAGGGAGUUCACCAUUAAUUAGCUUUUGUCUUCCCAGUCAGGAUGUUUUUGGUGACGACAGUAGGAAAUUGACUUUUGGAAUUUAAAUUUUCUUGGCUGAAAUUCCUGGCCUCUAGAGGAGGCUUUCUUGAACCACAGCACCGUUGACAUUGGCUCAUUCUUCAUUGUGAGGGGCUGCCCUGUCCUUUGUAGAGCGUUUAGCAGCAUCCUUGGCCUCCGCCCACUAGAUGCCAGUAGCGUCUUCCCUUCUUUGCCCAGUGUGACCACCAGAAUGUCUCCUGUGCCGCCAAGUGGAAGCAAUGCCACCAGAUGUCCUCUGGAGAAUAAAAACCACUGAUCUUGAAUAACAUACACCAUUCUGGCCACAGGGUUCCUGAGUGUUGCUUUUGAAAGACUAAGAUGAUGGCAUUCAUUCCAGUUCCUGCACAGAGAACUCAGCUGCCCUGAUGUGGACGUCAGUGUGCCCACGGCUGAUAAGGGGUGGGAGGUUCUUAGGAACAGCUGAUGGUAUUCUCGGCUCACAGAGGAAACGGAGCUCUGGUUCUCAGAGGGUCUUUGUUCUGUACAGAAUCGGACAGCUGUACAUGAUCAGCAAGCACAGCCACGAACAGAGUGACCGAGGAGAAGGGGUGGAGGUUGUCCAGAAUGAACCCUUCGAGGACCCUCACCAUGGCAAUGGACAGUUCACAGAGAAGCGGGUAUAUCUCAACAGCAAACUGCCUAGUUGGGCUAGAGCUGUUGUUCCCAAAAUAUUUUAUGUAACAGAGAAGGCAUGGAACUAUUAUCCCUACACAAUUACAGAAUACACAUGCUCCUUUCUGCCGAAAUUCUCCAUUCAUAUAGAAACCAAGUAUGAGGACAACAAAGGAAGCAACGACAGCAUUUUUGACAACGAAGCCAAAGAUCUGGAGAGAGAAGUUUGCUUUAUCGAUAUUGCCUGUGAUGAAAUUCCAGAACGUUACUACAAAGAAUCUGAGGAUCCUAAACACUUCAAGUCAGAGAAGACAGGACGAGGACAGUUAAGGGAAGGCUGGAGAGACAGUCAUCAGCCCAUCAUGUGUUCCUACAAGCUGGUGACCGUGAAGUUCGAGGUCUGGGGGCUUCAAACCAGAGUGGAACAAUUUGUACACAAGGUGGUUCGAGAUAUUCUUCUGAUUGGACAUAGACAGGCUUUUGCUUGGGUUGAUGAGUGGUAUGAUAUGACAAUGGAUGAUGUUCGGGAAUACGAGAAAAACAUGCAUGAACAAACCAACAUAAAAGUUUGCAAUCAGCAUUCCUCCACUGUGGAUGACAUAGAGAGCCAGGCCCAAACAAGUACAUGACAAUGGAUGAAGUCCGAGAGUUUGAACGAGCCACUCAGGAAGCCACCAACAAGAAAAUUGGCGUUUUCCCCCCUGCCAUUUCUAUCUCCAGCACCCCCCUGCUGCCUUCUUCAGUCCGCAGUGCCCCUUCAAGCGCUCCAUCCACUCCUCUCUCCACUGAUGCACCAGAAUUCCUGUCGGUUCCCAAAGAUCGGCCCCGGAAGAAGUCUGCCCCAGAAACUCUCACACUUCCAGACCCUGAGAAAAAAGCCACCCUGAAUUUACCUGGCAUCCACUCUUCAGAUAAGCCAUGUCGGCCCAAAUCAGAGUAACUUCCUAUGAAUAUUUCAUGGGGUUUUAUAUUUUCGGUUUGGGGUCUUGUUUGUUUGUUUUUAAGGAUCUUCUGAUAUAGAAAAAGACUGCUUUGUCACUCAGACAUGUCCCUUUGAUCUCUUGAGUGUGCAUGUGGUUAAGUAAUUUCACACAGAAUAUGACUCCCUGAGGCUGCCACGCAGUGUCACAUUAGAUGUAAAAUGCGAGACUCGCGAAGGGCAGAAGAGGUCUUCGGUGGCCGCAGCUGGUCGCCAGGGAGGAAGCCUUGUUUAUGGGGCAUUUGAUGAGGUUGGCGUGGACUUCAAGAGUAAAUAAAUGAAAACUUUACACCACUGUGUUACAAGGUAUAGUAAAAUAAUGAAGUUAGUUUCCUCCCAUCAAACGUGUAAUUCUCAAAAAUUUUCUCAGGCAUAACACACCUAAUUGUUAAAUUUUGAACUGCUCCUUACCAAUACUUGAAUACCAGGAGUUACUAAGAUUCCUAUUUUGGUUAGUCUGACUCAGGAUUUGGGGCCUAAUUAACUCUUUAAAUUUUUUGGAAAUUUUAAUUAUCAACUUGUAGAGGCUCCAAGUGCAAUUAACAAUAACUUAUUGAUACCUUUCACAGAAUUUAAUAAAAAUGGCACUUCUUUCUGUCUUUUAAUAACUUCCCCUUUGUGCCCUUGUGGCCUCAGAAAUCUUUAAGAAUUACAUGAAUACAUAUGACCGUAACAGACUGAUAUUGAAUGGUUUGGUUUAGUAACCAAGAGACCCAGGUGAGGCAAAUGUCUUUUUUUUUUUCCCUACAGGUAUCAACGAGCCUUACGUCAUUUGUUAAGAUUCUCAGAAUUUGCAGUUAAUUGAGUAGAAUUCAUUGACUCUGCUCACUCAGAGAAGUUCAGGGUAAAUAAAGUAAGCUGCCUGGACUUCAACACUGUCAGACUGUCUCCAUCCCUUUAAUGGGACAGGGAUACUCUUAAUAAUAUCUGGACCUCCCUGGGAUACAUUGCCCAUCACUGGGCCUUAGAAAAGAUUGUCAUUCUCUUGUUCCUGACUUGAAAUCCAAAUAUCAGGAAUAUCGCAAAAGUUGCGUCAGCACCAUCAAGUGGGAGGAGAGAGUGAGCAGAACGGCUGACUCUUAUUUAUAGAGUAAAAAGAAGUUAUAAAAGAUGCCCCUCUGGCCAGCUUUCUUUUCUGAGGGUCUUAGUAACGCAGGAUUAGACUCCAGGUUGACGGGAGAUGAGAUCAUUCACCAAAGUGGCAGAAAGCGAGCUCUCUUUUGAUCUAAAGAGAAAAACCUGCCACCUUUGCACCUCACUGCCUUUAAACACAGAAGGAGGAGUAAACAGAAUCUAGCAUUUGUCCUCCAAGGGAGGAAGAGAACAAGGUAAUUGGGCAACUCCAAGGCCCCAGCUAGCCUUCCUGACCAUAACCUCCAACCUCAGGAAAGGGACUUUCCCCAAACACAGAUUCCAAAGGAGACCACAUAGGCCAAGGUGCGUGUCCUCUUCCUCUUACAUGGGCUCUCAGCCAGUGGACCCUGCCUGCUUCUCUCUCUCGUGCCCAGCACUCUGCGUAGUGUCCUUCAAGUUGACAAACUCUCCCAAGGUGCAAGUGCUGGCCCCAGGAGCCCAGCACCAAGUGUUCUAAGUCAUAUGUCAGGUUGUCAAGAUCAUUUCUUAACCUGUAGGUUGACAUUUAGCUUAAUAAAUAUAUAAAUAAACCCAGAACUCAAAGGAAACCCAUUGCAAAUAGCUUAAAUCAACAGUGCAUCUCUUCCCUAAGAAUGAUAGUACCGCAGUAAGACGCCCUCUUUGCAUGGUAUGGUAGCAUGAUUUUUGCUUGUGGGAAAACUCGAUCUUUUAUCCAGAUCUCUUGGACUUCUCAAUGGCUCCCUUUCAACACAGUAGUACUUAACAAGAAUGUCUGGCUUUAGGAAGCAAAAUUCUCCUUUCAGAAGACACUUGCAUACUGUAUGUAUCUGCUUAACAUUUGCAAGCUGAAAUCAGAUAGGGUGGGAUCAUGAUAUUCGCAUGGAAUGGAUUUGUUUUGAGCACAUUGUUAGCACAUCUGACACCUAGUUUUUCUGUCGAUGGCCAUUGCUCAUUUUCCAUUUUUGUAAAGUAGCUUCCUCUAUCAAGGUCAACAAUUCUAUAUGCUUUAGAAAGCUAAUUCCUGGUUUCCUACUGUGAAUUUUCUUUCUCUUAUAGCCAGUACAAUACCACAGACAUUACUUGCGAAACUAUCACUGAUAGUGUGAUUCUUAGCCAACAAAUCUGUGUGGUCUUAGAGUAUGUUCAGUUUUUCUGUCUAAACGUGGUUCGUGUACAUUUUCAAAGGGGGGAGGGGUGCAAAUAUUCUUUUAGCUGCUUCGAAUAUUUAAUCCAGUCAUCACAAGGCAUAAAUGGCUUCAAUAUUUUACCUAUCUUGAUUUUCAAGUGUCAUUUCACAGUCUUCAUACAUGGAUUUGUUUCUUGUGGGGUACAAGCCUGCAAUGAAUGUGUAUAUAGAACAUUACUAAUUCCUAUAAGGAUGGAAAUUAAAUGGCUGCAUGAUGGAAACUUAGAAGAAAAAAAAAAACAGAAACUUGAAUUAAUUAAGCAUGUUUUGGGGAAAAAAUAGAAUCUUAACUCAGUGCCUCUGUCUGCAAUGUGGAAACCUUCAACUUUGUUCACCAAAAUUGUAUUAUACCUGUAUAUAUAUAAAUAUAAUAUGGUAAAUCCAACACCAUAGUUUUAAGUCUCUGGUAGCCAAAUUAAAAUAAUUCCACAGAAUAGCAUUUAUGUUCACCCCAUCUUUGUCUUUCAUGUUAGUGGAGACCAUCAAAAUGAACAUAAAUUUCAUUACUUUGGAUGGACUUCAAAUUACAAAAUGCCCCUGUGCUUUUCAUUGCCUGUCGAACAGAUCAUUGCUUUAGCUGUGCUUUUCCAGGACAAGAAGGCCUCAGUGUUUUUACUGCAUAAACUUUGUCAGAAGUCAGCUCUGAAGACCUUUCAUUUUCCUACUUUUGAGCUAAAAUAAGGCAAAGCAAAGAAGCAUAACGACAGAGGAGUCCAUGACAUUCUUCAGUUACCACGUUAUAACUGAAACCAUAUGAAUUUAUUUGUGAACUAAUUUAUAAACCCUUCUGUUUUGGUUUUGCAUUUGGGUGUGGGGAAAAUGGCUUUAAUUUAUUUGAAGGCAUUUAUUAGCCACGUUUUUGGUUGUGAAAAUAAAUCUCUAACUAGCGCAAUUGUGCAUGUCUUAUGUAGACACUUAAAAAACACAACAGGACUCCCAAAUGUUAUUAUAUGGUUUUCUCUCAAGACACUAUAAUAAACAGUGACCUAAGAGAGUAGAUUCUGACACUUCUCGAGAAAUCGUUUUUCCAUGAAAUUCAUGGCUAAUGAAUUUAUGUGUACUUUUAAAUCCUACUCACCUUAGCUCCUCUUCAUGGCUCGAAGAUGGCUUGUCACCGGCUAGCAUAGGUCAACAACAAUUGUACUUUUCAGAAGGGCCAGAGUAUAAUUUUACUCCAUAUGUGAUGCGUAUUCAGAUACUCCAACACAGAAGGAUUGUUUAAAUAGUUUUAGUCUCUUUCUGAUCAUCUGGUUCAGUAGGCUGGGUGACAAUAUGCCAUCUGAGCCAUAAUUCUUAAAAUUAAGAAAAAAAAAUCUGCCCAGCAACUGCAAUUGAUCAUAAAUAAACUGUUUAAAACUAUUCUUUCCUGAUGAAAACAAAAUGUUACAGAAGAGCACAGCAAUGGCAUAUGGAGGCAACACAUACUGGGUUCUUCUGAGUUCUACCUUCAAAACAGUCUGUUUCAUUUGAAAUGUAAGUGUUUAAGCUUUUUAGGAGUUAGUGCAAUAAGAGAAUGUGAAUAUGUUGAGACCUUUCCAGAUGCUGUUAUUAAUUAUCAUUUUGUUGUUAACAAACGCUCUAGGAUAAGCCUCUCUCAGUGUUUUUGCUUAAAAUCAAAAGCCUGUCUGUUGAAUUGCAAGUCUCCCCUCAGUUUCUGUGUGUUUCCAAGAGAGGCUGUUUGAGCUGAUGCUGUACCUGUGCCACUCACAGGUAGCUUCAAGUGUCAAUCUUAGUGUUUACAUUGCGAACUGGGAUCUUGAUUAGUUAAAUGGUCGAUACACCACUGCCACAGCUGAAGGACCAAGUUCUGGAAUGCACAGUGCCAUAGACAGCAAAGCAAACAGAAGUUGAUCUUCACACAUCUCAACUGUGUGAGGAAGCCAUCCUCCUCUGUCAUUUUGCAGCCGUUUUGUGUUUUUGUCCCAGUUAUUUAUUAUUGAUAAUAACUUACUUUUUCUUACAUUCUGUUGUAAAUAAAGUACAAACCAAUCUCCUUUCCAA